AUGUCACGACUGUUUGAACAUAUUUCAUUUUUGGUGGUCAACACUCAGAAAGAAAAUACUACAAAGAAUGAGAAGUUAAAAACUUUGUUACACGAUCACGGGUGUCUCAGUUGCAAAGCUGUAUCGAAUAUUGAGAUUUCCUCGAUUGGAGUUAUUAAUCAAAAAUCUCAAUUUAUGCAAUUUAUGAAUAACAAAAAGAUACAUUUCAUUGUGGCUGAUUCCAUCGAUUUCUCAUUCUAUAAAAUUGCAACAUUUGAUUAUUUAAUUCCUGUAGUUACAGAAGACUGGGUUUACAAAUGUAUUGAAGUAAAUAAACUGGUUAAAACGAACAGCUUUUCCCCAGAUGAAAAAUUGAUAUUUAAAAAUUAUCAAAUAUUCUUAUCGUUAAAUUCUUUUAAUAAAACGGAGGUUCUGUUUUACUCGGAACUUAUCAAUGCACUAGGAGGAACCACUGUGGAUCAUAUAUCUACUUUAACAACACAUCUAAUAACGAAUGAUCCCACUGAUCAAGCUGUGAUAGCCACAAUAGCCUCAGAGCAGAAACAGAAUAUAAGUUUUGUAUAUCCUACCUGGCUAUGCCAAUGUUUCAAAAGUAUGACUCUUGUCAAUGAAAGUGAUCAUCUUAUAAACAUACAAUCGUCUGCUGAGGAUUCAAAAAAUAGAUUACAAGACCUGUGGAAUAUGGUAGAAGAAUCUCAGCCAUUAAGGACUCUGAAUAUAUUAAAUCAACAUAAAUUUUAUCUAGGUAUGGAUCUAUUAUUUGAGAAAAAUUUAUAUAAUUAUUUGAUAUCAUAUAUUGAAUGGUCUGGAGGGGAGAUAGUAAGGCAUAUUAAUGAAAAUGAUUUUUAUUCAAAGAAAGCAGAUUGUUAUAUAGGUUUUUCUACCAAAUCUCGUGAAUAUAAAGUAGCAGAGUCACUUCAAAUAUUGACAAUGAGCAUUCCUUGGUUAUUUCACACAUGGGAAAUGGAGACUUUUGUUGAUGCAACAAGUAAAAUUUUCCUAAAACCUUUUAAAAAAAAAAUAUUUGAAAGAUCUCAGUUGAUUUUAGCAUAUACAAAUUAUUUUGGCCCUCAAAGGUAUUAUAUCCAGAGAUUAACAAGACUUAUGGGUGGUAUUGCGUCUACCGAUUUAUCAAAGAAAAACACACAUUUGAUAUUUGGUUCUCCACAUGGGAAAAAGUACGAUUUUGCUAUGAGACGACCAAAUAUUCUAGUCACCACUAAUCAUAGCUGGUUAGAAGAUUGUUAUAUAUCUGGUGAAAAACUUGAUGCCAAUGUUGCAAAAUAUAAAUCUAAUGAAUGUAACGAGUUGUUAUCAGCUUCCUUAGGGCAGUCAGUAAAUUGUACAUAUGGAAAGAGUCCUCUGUCAUUUAAUCUUCAACCAUCAUCAAUGGUGUCUGAUAGUUGCAAAGAGAAAAGUCCAAUAGAAAAUAAGUCAGAAGAAAAUUUCGUAAAUGCAGAAACCUAUAAGGCAGAUGAUGUUCAAAACCAUUUCCUAAAAUACAGUGAUAAAUUCUUAGAUUCGAAUUUAGAAGAUGAUAAAAAUGAUAAAAAUGAUAAAAAUGAUAAAAAUGAAACAGUGAACGAAUGCCUUUCCGACCCAGACAUCGAAGAUAAUAUGGAAACUAGUAUAAAACAUGAUGGGAACUUUGUAUUUAUAUCAGAAGAUGUCAAUGAGUUAUCUCAAAAUAAUUCGCAACUGGCGACUCAAGUAUCCACGCAAGCAUUAUCUCCUAUAAAAAAGAACUUAAAUAACUCAGAUUUUGUUGAUCAGCCACCAGUAACAUCAGAAAUUACAUCAUCCAUAGCGCUCCAUGUGUCAAAACUCAAUCCAGAGGAAAAACUGGAACAGGAAAAGGGAAAAAGUACAAUUGAAGUGGCUUCUGGCAGACCUGGAAAUGAUUCAUCUUUGAACCCUUCACGCUUGGAGGUGAUAUAUACUGAAAAUCAUAUAUCUAAUACUAAAUUAGCAAAUGGGUCUCAUCUGGAUGAGGAAUUUAGAAAAAAGGAAAAUCCAAUUGAUAAUGAACAUAAAAUUGAAGUAAAUUUUGAUGAGAAUGAUAAUGAAGUUAAUUAUAGAUUACUAAGUGGUAGCAGAGCUGCUAAAGCUAAAGCUGCUAAAAGAUUACAUACAGAUAUAGAAUCAUUAAAUCAAUUUCAAAAGAAUUCGAAGAAAAAGAGAACAGGUGAUUUAUUACCUGAAGAACUCUCAUUACUUGAAAAGGAGAAAGCAUUAGAUCAGGAAGCAAAAUCUAUACUACUAAAAGUAUUACCAACUGAACUAGGUAAUAUCAUCUCUUCUAUCACUUCCAGCAAUCCUUUACGGUCAAAGUUAGUGUACAAUAUCGAUGCCAUUUGUACAGGUUGCCUAGAUUAUAUAUCAGACCUGGACAAAAAAUUGUUAUAUUACUUAGGUGUCAGAAUAUACGAUGAAAUAGAAAAUGAUAAUUACAAUCAUUUGAAUACUAUUAUUGCUCCAAAGCGAAUGAGAACGGCGAAGUAUUUAAAGGCUUUAUCUUUCCGUCCACUAAAGUAUGCUUUAAUGCCCGAUUUCAUCACACUUAUUUUAAAAGAGAUACACUCUGGUAAGAUUGAUUUGAAUUUGAAAGUUGACUUAACAAAAUAUUACAUUGCCGGAGUCUCGCCUGAAGUGUUACGAAAAACUCAUUUACAUAAAAAAAUAUUCGACAGAUCUAAUAUGAAAUGUAUUAAUGUAAUGAAUGAUAUUCAAGGUGGCACUGAUGUUAUAUCUUCAAUAUUGCAUGCACAUGGAAUUGAAAAAGUCAAAACCAUAAAAAAUAAUUUUACAAUUAACGACUUGAUUAAGAAUGAUCUUUCAAAUGCUUCCAGCAAUAAAAAUCUAGAAAAAAAUAACGAAUUUGAAUAUAUCAUUUUGACUACAAAAUCUUCGCAAGUUAAAAGGUUUAAGAAAUUAUUAAAUGACGUAAAAUCAAAUGGUUUGGCAGUGAACUGGGAGUGGUGUGCAAAGUCUAUUUUAGAUCUUGAAGUAGACUUUAAAGAUAAAAAGAUACACUUGGUUUCUAAAUAA